UCGAUAUUUUACAUUAGUGUUAUAUCGAAUUAGACUUCGAGAUAAGGAAAAUAACAAUAUGUCACACAUACAGAAUCGACGAAAUGUCAAUGUUUAAUUUGUUAUAAUUAAUUUCUUUCAAGUUUUUAACAAUAUACAUCACCUGUGAUAUUAUUUAUAAAAAUACAGUAAAGCUCAAAGCUAUUAAGAAAAGAGAAGUUAAAUGAAAAUAAUAAUGAAGUCAUUUGUUGAUAAGUUUUACCUACACUUGUUUGCUCUAAUUUUAUAAAAAAAAAAAUAAGUUACAAAUUUUUCCAUCUAGUAUUCUAUAUUAAAAAAUGAUUAGCAGUCUUCAGGUUGCUUUAAAAAAUGCUAUUGACGUGAUAGCUCCGCCAGCAACACCGUUUCAAGAUUUCACUUAUCAUUGGAAGCAAUUGAUGAAUUUUUAUGCGGAUCAUUUAACCGACACUAAAGUACCAAUAGAAUCAACGGGAAUUCCUCAUCAUUUAAAUAGACUCCUUGAAAUAUUGAUACUCGAGGAAAAAGAUAGAGAGGAACCUGGCUCAUGUUUGGAAUAUUUGAUACAACACAAAUUACUCGAUUUAUUAGCAACAUUAGCAUGUGCAGAAUCACCGCCAGGAAUGAGAUUAGUGAGUCUUGCAUUUUUUCGAAAAUUAUUAACAAGAUCAAAAUUUCCAUUGCUACAUCAUUCAGCGGUGUUUAUACCAAUUCAAAGGCUUAUUGAAAUUUGCGAUGGUAAUCGAGCGUCGCCAAUUGAAAAUGAAGAAAUACAAUUUUUACUUGCACUUUGUUUUCUUGUUUGCAAAUAUCCACAUUGUACAAAUAUUGUCAAUGAAUCGAGAAAUAUUCAUAGAGAAAGUAAUGCGACACACAAUAAUGACACUGAUAGAAAUAAAAUACAAAAUAUCACCUAUGUUGCCGAUAGACGAUGUAGUAAAUCAAAUCCAUUAUUUAAACCACUCAAUACACAAGCGAUAACACUUGUGAAUCCAGAUUUAUUUGCUGGUGGUGAUGGUGGUGGUGGAGCACGUUUGAUAUGUUCUAAAAGAAUUUCCAGAAAUUUGGAGAAUAGUGUUGAGAAAAAUUCACAGAUUACAUUGGAACAAAGAGAUAUUAGAAAUGAUACAGAAAAUGUUCCAAGUUGUUCCAAUAUAUCUAGUCAAUUGAAUGAAUUUUCAAAUGAAAAUGCUUCACAAUCGUCGAGUCCAACUUCACAAAAAUGUAGUUUUGAAGGAACCUCAACGAUGGAAAAUCCUUGUGAUAAUCAAGAUAAUGAAAAUUCAAGUAAUGUACCUGAUGAGACUUGUGAUAUAGUAGACACCAUUAUAAAUGACAUCGAAAAUGUUAAGGUACAAUUUGAUAGUAGGAAAAAUAAUUCCUGUGAGGAAAACACUAAUAUAGACAGUCCAUUGAGUGAUUUAGAAGAUCCUCCAAGUUCCAAGUGUCUGAUGAUAGACGCUCUCAAAAGUUACAUCAACAGUGCUGACAACACAGUACGAAUAAGAGCAUGCGAAGGAAUAAUGGUAUUAGCGUCCUUGGAAGAUACAUCCUUCAUUACUUCGAUAGCUCAAAGUGAUCUUCCAUUAAUUCUAUCAAAACGUUUAGAAAUUCUCUUUAAUGCCAUACCGGCUCACGUUUUUCCCAAUGAAAUUGACGACAUUGAAGUAACUUGGGGUUUAGAUUCACCUCUAUUAACGAGUGAGAAAAAAUUUCCCGGUUGUCGACGUGUUGCAGCAUUUUUUAUGUGGCUAGAUUUUUGUGAUCAACUCAUAAAGGAAGCACAUCAAAAAAUUGCCGAAAUUGUGGCUAAAACAAUAAGAAUUGAAUUUUUCGAAACAAUUUUAACACCAGCACUUUCUGAGCAUCACGUUGUAUUGGUGACUUCUUUAAUUACAAAAUGCUUCAAGGAAAUUACAUCCCAUUAUUUGAGUCGUGAAAUGAGUUUCUGGCUGGUUGGACAGCACAGAAAUCCCGAUAUUCCGAAUUUUUGGUCAUGGCCAGUUUUGCAUAGAUUAAUUGACAAUUGUUGCACCGACAGUGAUGAUCUGACUGUUGAGACAUUGAAAUUGUUUGAAGAGAUGAUUGAAAAAAGAAAUGAGCACAUAUUACAUUGUCUUGUUUUAACGUACUUAACAAAUCGAGGAUAUUAUGACAAUAGUGCUGCUGAUAGUGCAAUUGCUUCUUGGAGUGAUGAAGAAGAUGAACGAGAAAGAGAAAAGAAAAGUUCACUUGAUUUAUCAAGUGGAAUUAAUCAUAGUCGAACACUAGCACCAAGCAAUAUUCACAGAAUUCUCAAUUGUUUCUUGUCACUGAUACCAAGACAACUACAAACAGAUUUUGAAGCAAAUCGAUAUGAACGUUAUAUGCUCGAUUGGGAGAAACAAUAUUCAAUAGUAUUUGCAGAUUGUGCUCUAUUUGCAUGGCCUUUGGAAGCAGUGACAGUGGACGAUUCUGCUAGUUCUGAUUCGAGGCCAGAAGCUGAUCAUGGUUCGACUCGAUUUUAUAUGGGUCCAUUUUUGUCAAUGCUUUUGGAAAAAAUCAACAAUUUAGCUAAUCAAAAACACGAUAUCAAUUUGCAAUUAACUAUUGUGAUAUCUAAAUUAGCACUGUUACCUCAUCCAUAUCUACACGAGUUUCUUUUAAAUCCACUGAUACCAUUGACUGCUGGUAAUCGAAGUUUGUUUAUUUGCCUACAAAGAGUUGUAAAACACUUGAUGAGCGAAGUGCAAAAAACCCCAAAUUACAAGCAACUUCUCAAAGAGACAAGACAUAGACUACUGGAGGAUUCAUGCAUCGAUCCAGCGAUAGAGAAUAUUUUAUUUGAAAGUGUGAUUAUUACUGAAGAAUUUUGCAAAGAACUUGCAGCGAUAGCAUAUGUCAAAUAUCAUCAUUCCAUGCCAAUCAAAUGUUGACUUAAGAAUUUUAAAUAUAAUUUGUAUUUAAUUAAAAUAAUAAUUGAAUAGCGAAGAAUGUUUUAGUCUAUAAUAUGAGGCAUAUAUCAUGUGAAAUUUGCAUUCAAAAACUUUUUUUUGAAUAAAAAUCUCAUCUGUAAUUGCCCCAUAAAUAUAAACUUGUAAGUAUUUCACAAAUUUCAAAAUUUUAUUUAGAAAUAUUGUAAUGCAUUUCAUUCUGUAAUAAUAACUUUCAUAAAAACAUAAAAUGAAUGUAUAAAUAUGUAUUUUUCAAUAGAAUUAUUAUAAAUGUUUAUAUUA